AUGGCACCGAAAACGCCCAAAAACCAUUGCCUUACUGAGCUUCCAACUGAGAUCCUUCUGGACAUCUAUCAACAACUAGACCUGGAUGGUGUUUUCAACCUUUGCGCCACUCACAGGACGCUACACGAACUCUUUGACAAGAGAAAGGCCUCGAUAUUACUUCCUGUCCUCGUCAAGGAGUUCAGUCCGUUUGAUGAGCUCCUUCAGGUUUAUACGGCUUCAGCUGAGGAUCUCGAUUCCCGCGGUGGACUGUAUGCUCCACGUAGAGUCGUGUUUAGGCGAUUCCUCGGAGACACUGGGGUGGUGUUAGCUCCGCUUUCAGAGCAUCAGCCUGCCGUAUCAGUGGACGCUGUUGAAGGGUUCAUCACGCUGGACAAGCCAGGCAAACCCAUCAUACCCCGUGCUCAAUCAUUGAAAACUGUUGUUCUGACUGAGAACGAUCUGAAGCCAAUUCUCAGUUGCUGUUCCCUUGUACUGAGAUGGCAAGCCAGGUUCCCUCAGAUGAGAUGGUUUCACGAGCCUGAAAAUUGUCGUCUGCUUCGCGAGCAUGAGGCUGAGAGGUUCCGCAGAGCCAUGUAUCGAUGGUGGCUCUAUGGUUUCUACUUUCACGGAGAUAUCCCCCGACCUCGUGUUGGGCUUCCAGAGCCAGGUGUGGAUGACGUUAGACUGAGUCAACUUCGAUUAUACUCCACAGGCGAGCUGAUAGAGCUGAUGGACCUGGUUGAAACCAUGAAGGAUGUCGUCCUCCACUAUCUCUGCCCGCGGCUUGACCCUAGUCAAGACGAAUAUGAGGGUUGCGAUUCGUAUCUUUAUGAUGUUGUCGACCGACCUGACUCCUUGGUAAGAGGCUGGCGGGAUCAGAGUCGUUGGGGCCGUAUUGUAAAGACUUACUGCAAACUUGGCCCUAAAGAUCUCAUGCAUCUGUUUGAGAACAUCUAUAGCUACCCUAGAAAACGCCUCAUUGCGGAAGCUCGGUCUCUUCAACCAAAUCUCACUUUCGACCAAGAAUCUAUCUCGGUGUCAACACAAUGUGUCCUGGACGAGCGACAUUGGUCCUUGAACAUGCCUACUUUGCCUGUGGAUGGCCUGGGAGGUGUGAUUGACUGGGAUGAUGAGCGCGACGCUGAACGCGUCAAGUUUGGAAGUGAUGCCAGUCUGGAUGGGACAUUGCCAGGGGGGGCUCGGAUGCUUCGGUCUUCAUCUCACUAUUCGCCUCGUGGGGAUGACGGAUCUUAUCUAGAAGAUGUCCAGCGACAGACAUGGAUGGAGGGUAGGUAUAUGGUUUCGUUCGUUUAG